CCUGUGACAACAGACCAGCAGUCAGCAACGAGUAACGAGCUAAUGUGUGUCAGAACCUCUCAGGUAAAUCACGUGUUUAAGUGUUUUUUAUAGUUAAUGUGAUUGAAGCAAACGCGAUUGCAAGAUUUGAAAAUGUCUAGACGUCCGGAACAUUUGGCACCUCCGGAAGUGUUUUACAACGAUGAAGAGGCUAGAAAAUAUACUCAGAAUACUCGGAUGAUAGAUAUUCAGGUUCAGAUGUGUGAACGUGCCAUUGAACUUCUUCUACUUCCUGAGGAUGAGGCUUGCUUUCUUCUGGACAUUGGUUGUGGUUCUGGUCUUAGUGGAAGUGUUUUAGAGGAUCAAGGACAUGUCUGGGUUGGAGUUGAUAUUUCUCCAGCAAUGCUUAAUGUUGCAUUGGAACGUGAAGUAGAAGGCGAUUUAAUUUUGGGUGACAUGGGUCAAGGAAUGUCAUUUAGGGCUGGCAGUUUUGAUGGGGCAGUCAGUAUAUCAGCUCUGCAAUGGCUCUGUAAUGCAGAUAAAGCAACACACAAUCCUGUGAAACGGUUACAGCAAUUCUUUUCUUCGCUUUUUGCGUGUCUUUCUCGUUCAGCUCGUGCUGUAUUUCAAUUUUAUCCAGAAAAUAGUGAUCAAAUAGAGCUAGUCACUACACAGGCUAUGAAAGCUGGAUUCUUUGGUGGAAUAGUGGUAGAUUUUCCUAAUAGUACAAAGGCAAAGAAGUUUUUUUUGGUUUUAAUGACUGGAGGUUCAAUGCCUCUUCCAAAAGCUCUUGGAACAGAAGACACGUCAACAGUUAGUUACACAUCAAAAAGAGAACAAAUGAAGAAAGCGAAAGGUAAACCCUUAAAAAAGAGUCGUGACUGGAUUCUGGAGAAGAAAGAAAGGCGGAAAAGACAAGGUCGAGAAGUUAGAGAAAACUCAAGAUAUACUGGUCGCAAGAGAAGUGGACGUUUCUAAUGUUUCAUAAAUUUCGAAAUGCUCCUAUAUGUAUAGAUUUUUUUCAAUGAAAAUUGUAACGCUUGUAUACGAAGCUUUAUUGAAUAACAGUUACAGAAAACAUUACUGUGAUUAUGUAUGAAGUUGUCAGUAUAUCUAAUGUUUCUGCUAAUAGAAGCAAAUGAUCAGCCAUCACGUCAUUUUUAAACUAAUCUUUUAUUAAUCAGCAAUUAAAAAUUGUGACAUACUCUUGUGUAUGCCUUGUGGCAGAAUUGCCUGAAGUUCCUCUUUAUCUAACCAUUGAUAUUUUACUGUUUCUUCAACAUUGCCAUUUAUGUAUUUAGCUAAAAAAUAGAAAAUUUUAGCCCCAUA